AUGUUACAAUUGGAACACUUAACGAGUUGAUUGUGCAAGGAUUCAAAAAGGACGCCGACGCCGGGGUGGUUGGGGGGAGGCGCAAUGCAAGCGAACAGCAACCGAUCAACGAUAAGCGCACAAUCCUCGGGCACACCGUCGGCCUCAACGAUAUCCUCGUCACAGGGCAAGCAACAAGUUGUCGAACUAUCUGGAUAUGUUAUCAUUCUCGUUGAGAAUGCGGAGGGUAAAAUUAAAUUAUACGGCUCACCGUCCGAUCGCGAUAAUCUGGAAGUGGGCGAUGAGAUACUCGAGGUCAAUGGCCUUAGCCUGGACAAUAUAUCACGGGGCGAGGCCAUUCGUCACAUACACGAUUGCAUCAAAUCAUGCACAAUUUGUUUACGUGUACGCAAAAAGAAUGAUUCCCGAUUGGCGUGGGAUAUUGGCAACUCGGUGCAGGACGCGUUUGUCAUUGCCGUCGAGGAGCACGCAAGGGAACGUCUGCAACGAUUGGCGGCCUUGAAUCGUGUUACGCCCGUGGACAUAACACAGCUGUCCAGAAAGUUACUAACUACGCUUAAGGAUGAAGUCAUCGUGCACCAGUCCAGCGAAGGCCUUGGCCUUUCUCCAUACAACACAACAGCAGCAGCAACAGCAAUAGCAGCAACCGGCAGUAACAACAUAACAACCCAGCAACAGUUGCUCAGCGGCGCUGCCGUCUUUGAACUGCAACAACAACAGCUUCAGCAACAACAACAACAACAACAGCAGCAACAACUGCAACUGCAACUGCAACAGCAACACCAACAGCAACAAAAUAGUCCCACAAGUAGCAUAUCAAAAGGAAGAACUGAACUUUUACUGGGCGAUCAAUCGCUGCGACAAGAUCCAAGGCCACGUCGGCGUUCCGGCUCAAGCAUUGUGGUCAUUGAUGGCGAUGAUCUGAAGCCAUGUCUGCCGGAUGAUUACAUAAGCGGCCAGCAUCAUCAUUUGCAUCAUCAGCAGCAGCAGCAGCAGCAACAUCCGCAUCAGCAACAGCAGCAGCAGCAGCAGCAGCAUUAUCGCACGCACUCAAGUGAUAUUAGGGAGAUUGAUCAGGAAAUGCUGACCAUGCUGUCGGUCAAUCAAGAUAACGGUCCACAUCGCGAGAUGGCCGUCGACUGUCCCGAUACGUUUAUAGCACGCAACAAGACGCCACCCAGAUAUCCGCCACCCCGUCCACCGCAGCUUAAUGGGAACUCGAAGCCGUUACCGCCGCCACGUGAUCAUCUGCGCAUUGAGAAGGAUGGACGUCUUAUUAGCUGCGCCCCCGCACCUCAGUUGCCCGAUCGACGAGUGCCCGCCAAUGGCAGUCAGCAACACCAGCAACAACAAAUGCAGCUGCAACAGCAACUACAACAACAGCAACAAAUUGCGCAAAUUGUGGAGCCAACACUCGAGCAAUUGGACAGCAUCAAGAAAUAUCAGGAGCAACUGCGACGCCGUCGAGAGGAAGAGGAGCGCAUCGCCCAGCAGAAUGAAUUCCUGCGAAAUAGUUUGCGUGGCUCGCGCAAACUCAAGGCGCUUCAGGACUCGGCAACGGCCACGCCCUCGCCGGGUAAGGCACAGCAGCAGCAACCGACAACAGCAGCAGCAGCAGCGCCAACAACAAUUGCUGGCGUUGAGAACGAGGCCUAUCUGCCGGACGAGGAACUGCUGACGCCAGCGGAACACAUCGACGGCUAUGGCGAACUGAUUGCGGCGCUGACACGGCUCCAGGGCCAACUGGCUAAGAGUGGGCUGAGCACGCUGGCCGGGCGGGUAUCUGCGGCGCAUAAUGUGCUGGCCAGCGCCAGUGUGGCCCACGUACUGGCCGUCCGGAGCGCUGUGCUGCAACGUCGACGUCCUCGCGUGGCCGGGCCACUGCACGUGAGCGCAUUGGGGCUGCAGAAGGAGAUUGUGGAGAUGCUGACGCAGUCGAACACGGCGACGGCCAUUGAGCUGGGCAAUCUGCUGACCAGCCACGAGAUGGAGGGUCUGCUGCUGGCGCACGAUCGCAUUGCCAAUCAUACGGAUGCAUCGCCAUCGCCGACGUUGACGCCGACGCUGACGCCGACGCCGACGCCAAUGAUGACGGCGACAGCGACAGCGACGGCGACGGCAACGCUUAGCGGUCAUAGCAGUCCCGUGCCGCAAUCCAAAGCAUCGGCGAGUGGUCGAAGUAUGGCGGUCUUGCCACCAGUUGUCCCAUCAGUGCCACAAUCUGUGGCACAACGUGGCGCCAUGCCCCUGCCCGUUGCAGCUGUGGCAGUGGCGGUGCGCGGCGAAUCGCCGCCAGGAAUGAGCGGCUGCUUCGGCACAUUGAACGAUCAGAAUGACAACAUUCGCAUCAUCCAGAUCGAGAAGUCCACGGAGCCACUUGGCGCAACGGUGCGCAACGAGGGUGAGGCUGUCGUCAUUGGCCGGAUCGUUCGGGGUGGUGCUGCGGAGAAGUCGGGACUGCUCCACGAGGGUGACGAGAUACUGGAGGUGAAUGGCCAGGAGCUGCGUGGCAAGACGGUAAACGAGGUGUGCGCCCUGCUCGGCGCCAUGCAGGGCACUCUCACAUUCCUGAUUGUGCCCGCUGGUAGUCCGCAGCCCGGUGGCGGCGUGGGCAUGGGCAUGGGCAACGUGAUGGGCAUGCAUCCACAUCAUGCGGGUGUCGGGGGGAUGGCGCAUCGGGAUACGGCUGUGCUGCAUGUGCGUGCACAUUUCGAUUAUGAUCCGGAGGAUGAUCUGUAUAUACCGUGCCGGGAGCUGGGCAUCAGUUUCCAGAAGGGCGAUGUGCUGCAUGUGAUCUCGCGCGAGGAUCCCAACUGGUGGCAGGCGUAUCGCGAGGGCGAGGAGGACCAGACCCUGGCUGGCCUCAUUCCUAGUCAGUCAUUUCAGCAUCAGCGCGAAACAAUGAAGCUGGCCAUUGCCGAGGAGGCGGGUCUGGCACGGUCGCGUGGCAAGGAGGGUGCCGCCAGCAAGGGUGCAACGCUCCUCUGCGCACGCAAGGGCCGCAAAAAGAAGAAGAAGGCCAGCUCCGAGGCGGGGUAUCCGCUGUAUGCGACAACCGCACCGGACGAAACGGAUCCCGAGGAGAUACUCACCUACGAGGAGGUGGCGCUCUACUAUCCCCGUGCCACCCACAAGCGACCCAUCGUCCUCAUCGGUCCACCCAACAUUGGCAGGCAUGAGCUGCGACAGCGCUUGAUGGCCGAUUCGGAGCGCUUCUCGGCGGCGGUGCCACACACUUCCCGGGCCCGGCGCGAGGGCGAAGUGCCCGGCGUGGAUUAUCAUUUUAUAACGCGUCAGGCGUUCGAGGCGGAUAUUCUGGCGCGUCGCUUUGUCGAGCAUGGCGAGUAUGAGAAGGCCUACUACGGCACAUCCCUGGAGGCCAUACGCACAGUCGUUGCCAGCGGCAAGAUUUGUGUGCUGAAUUUGCAUCCGCAGAGUUUGAAGUUGUUGCGCGCCUCGGACCUCAAGCCCUAUGUGGUGCUGGUGGCGCCACCAAGCCUGGAUAAGUUGCGGCAGAAAAAGUUGCGCAAUGGCGAACCCUUUAAGGAGGAGGAGCUAAAGGACAUCAUCGCCACUGCACGCGACAUGGAGGCGCGCUGGGGUCAUCUCUUUGACAUGAUCAUCAUCAACAAUGAUACGGAGCGCGCCUAUCACCAGCUGCUGGCCGAGAUCAAUUCGCUGGAGCGCGAGCCGCAAUGGGUGCCCGCCCAGUGGGUGCACAACAAUCGUGACGAGUCAUAGUGACGUCCAUACCGGCGACUGUUUCAACUUCUGCCCCGUCCCUGCAACCAGAUCUGCACCCCGGCCUGCCCCUGCCCCUCGUCCGGACACGGCAACCAACCCUGUCCCUGCCCCGCGUGCAGGCAGCCAAUGCCCGGUUAGCCACUUUGUAAAUAAUACAAUACAACAAUACAAUACCAACAACUACCGCGUUUCAACUCAGCCAUGUGAAAAUGGAGCAACUGCAACUACAACUACAGCUGCAACUGCAACUGCAACUGCAACUACAGCUGCAAAGGCAACUGCAACUGCAACUGCUGCCCAGCCAACCAUCAUAAGUGUGAACAACUAUCUAUUGUGGGGCAUCCUUUCGCUAAGUGUACACACGUGCAUACACUCAGUACUGUGUGUGUGUGUGUGUGUGUACUAUUCACAUACUUAUUUACUUGUACUUAAUCGUUUACCGUUAACCAUAUACUCGUAUUAUUUAUACUAAAUUUAUGUAUGUAUGUAAAUUGUUUGUUUGUUGCAAAUGCAUUUGAAACAUGGACGAACACGUGUGUUGCUACUGUUUUCAAGCAUUGCA